GGGUAUCUGAACUCUAGCCCGGACGGCGGUUGUUGUUGUGGUGUUGACACUUGACAGAUUGCUAAAAUUACUGUUUAUCUGAAAACCUAAAAUGUCCAAAAAAGGGGUGAGUGCUGAAGAAAAGAGAACUAGAAUGCUUCAACUAUUUUACGAAAAGGGAGAAUGUUUUCAAUUGAAAGAAUUGGAAAAGAUAGCUCCAAAGGAAAAAGGCAUUGUUGCAAAUUCAGUAAAAGAAGUAAUACAAAAAUUAGUAGAAGAUGGCUUGGUAGAUACUGACAAAAUUGGAACUUCUGUGUAUUUUUGGGCGUUUCCCAGUAAGGCUGUCAAUUCAAGAAAGCAUCAACUUGAGGAUCUUCAAAAUAAAUAUGCAGAAUCUAUGAAGAAGCUGAGGAUGAUAGAAAAAACAGUAGAGGAGUCUAAGGAAAAUGAUGAUGUUGAAGAAAAAAGAAAUAGUAUUUUGGAAGAAAUAAAUGAUAAGGAGUUGGAAUUGAAUGUUUUGAAACAGGAACUCAGGCAGUACCAAGAGAAUGAUCCACAGAAAUUUGAGGCACUUAUACAGAAAUCAGAGGAACUGAAAGAAGCUGCAAAUAGAUGGACCGAUAAUGUAUUUGCAGUAAAAUCAUGGUGUAAAAAGAAAUUCAAUAUUGAAGACAAUGUUCUGAACAAACAGUUUGGUAUACCUGAGGAGUUUGAUUAUAUUGAAUAAUUAAUUUGUAAUACUAGGUAAAGUAUAAGUUCUUAAGUCAUAAGGUUUGGCUAGUGAUUUAAUUUGAUAUAGAUUUACAAUAUACAGC